AUGGGAAACGGAAGCGUGAGGAAAGCUGCAGGCCGAGGAAAGGCAAGCUGUGAAAAGAACCGAAAAAGGUUCAUCCCCAAGGUAGCGGCAGGUGGUCCUCCCAGUCAAGAAAGGUUGCCUGGCCCGAGUCCUUACAGCAGCAGCCUACAGCUUCCGGCAGCAGCGAGGAGCAGCUCCAAAAGCUCCAUCUCCUCACAGUACUUCCCAAAACUCGGGACCCAAAGUAGUGGUGACGGUGAUGAUAACAGUGAUGAUGAUAGUGAUGGCGAUGGCGCGGCGGGAACUGAGGCUAACAUUCAUGAGCAAGAGAGUGCUCACGAUACGAGUGGCAUGGACGAGGACUUUGAUGAAGGCCAAUACGAUAGUCACGACGAAGACACCUAUCCGGCUUUCGGCACUAGCUUGGGGGAGUUCGAUGACCAGAUACGACUCCCGCUUUGA